AACUUGAACCAUGAGGAUAGAAGAUCCUGUUCUCCAUGCAAUAUGUGUUAUUUUUGUGCGCAAAAGCAUGAACAUGAAAAGGAAGUACGUGUUGCAAUAUACUCUCUAGAGUCAGCGUCCAGACACUUGAGACAAAAUUUGAACCUCAAACCUUCACAGCGGCAGAUGUGAAUGAAUAAACAGAACUAAGACUCCACCAGCUUUCAGUUCUUUUCAGAAGAAGGAUGCCUCAAGAUAUGCCACUCAUCCCAACAUCGAAAGCCUUGUUCCCUCCUGUAAGGCCUGUGUCAGAUGACACAUCUGAGAUGCUUCGAAGCUAUGCACUCCAGGUCACUUUGUCUACCAUCUUCUCAGUUAUUGCCUGCAUCAGCAUCCCACUCAACCUCAUCUGCUUGUGGUUCCUGUGUCGGUAUUCGAGGCCUUGGACUCCCACCAUUGUGUUGUGCAUCAAUCUGGCCCUUGCUGAUUUUGUCUACAGCAUGAUCCUCCCCUUUCAAAUAGUUUACCAUAUACGGGGAAACAACUGGCCCUUUGAGGAUGCUCUGUGCCGGAUUGUCACCGUUCUGUCCUAUGGUAAUGUGCACUGUUCCCUUUUGACCAUGAUGUGCAUCAGCAUUGAGCGCUACCUGGGAAUCGUCCACCCUUUGCGCUACAAAGCCAUGAGAUCCAUGCGAACCUCUGUCCUGACAUGCGCCCUCAUUUGGGUGUUUGUCUUACUGCCCCUCGUCCCACUCAUGAUGACCAACCUAACAAUUCGUGUACAAAACCUGGAUAUAAUCACCUGCUUUGAUGUUUUGCCUAAAGAGAUGUUUGAUGACAAGCCAGCACGCUUCAUCGCUUACUUUGGCUCUCUGGUAUUUUUCUUCUUUUUCCUACCACUGCUCAUCAUGGGGUUUUGCUACUUCUCAAUCAUCAUAACACUUCUCCACUCCCAUUCCACCCAACUCAGAGAAACUAAGAAGCAGACUGUCUGUUUGAUAAUAGUGUUGCUACUGGUGAUCACGGUUUGUUACUUGCCUCACAUUAUCAUGUCAAUUAUCCAUUACGUCUUCACUAUUCAGAAAAAAUCAUUUUAUUUUGAAUAUAAAAUUUCAUUUGCAGUAGCCACCAUCAAUUGCUGCCUUGACCCAUUGGUUUAUUACUUUGGCUCCAAAGAGUUUCGGCGAAAGAUACAGAAGAAGCUCUGCAGAUGCGUAACUGUUGGGGUCAGUGAAAAUACUCCAAUCUUUUCAGAGCAUGAUAUCCAAAUAACACCAAUGCAAAAAGUAUUGAAUAGAUAGUCUGUAUUGCUCUGGAAUGUAAUAAACUUUGCCAGUGCACUGUAUUGACCUCAAGAAAAAUCAGGAGCUAAUUCAUUGCAGAACCUCAACUGCCAAGUUACACAGAACUAUUUUGCCAAACGUUUCUGGAAGAUCAAAUGGACUACAAUUAUCACACAUGAUUCUGUUUCUUUUGAGUAAAGGCAACUGAUGUCAAAGUCCAGUUAGACUGGUGCAGCUGAAAGACACCUGUCUUAUUAAGAGACACCUGCAAAUGUAGCAUGAGGAGGAAAGCAUGUAUUUAACCACUUUUGACUGUGCAGAAUUUAUGGAACAAAUAUUAGUAGAAAUAUUUGGUUGAAUGGAAACAGACAUUUGUUAAGACUGCCUUCCUUGAAUGUCACAAAUUACCUGUGCCACCAAGUCACAAAAGAAUGGAGCUACCUGGAGUACAGAUUCUCAGUCAUUAGAAUGAUCUUGUAAUUUGUUCUUUGUUAUUGAUGUUGGUCUGACAAAGCUUUGUAUGGACAAAUCUUUGUAUAAGCACCUGAGAUGGUGCUUGUCAUCUCAGGUAACAAUAUUGCA